ACUGCCCCGAAGCAAACGGCGACCGUGAGAUGCAGAUCAAACCGCAGGCACGCCACCACCCAUCCCCCCGUUUUAAGGCCCCAAACCCUCUCGAAUCCGGACCCCUCCUGCGCCGUCCUCCUCCUCCUCCUCGCCUCCCCGCGGCCACACCUCGACUCGCUCCCUCGAGUAGAUCAUCUGUUCCAUCCUUUUGAGGCUGAGAUGGCGGCUACCUUCAAUGUUAAUGCUGAGGCAGGCCUUAAAAAGCUUGAUGGCUACCUUCUGUCUCGCAGUUACAUCUCUGGAUACCAAGCUUCCAAGGAUGACUUGGCUGUGUAUUCAGAGUUCUCAGUUGCUCCACCAUCAACUUGCACCAAUGUUGCAAGGUGGUACAAUCACAUUGAUGCACUCCUGAAGCUGAGUGGAGUUACUGCCCCUGGUCAAGGUGUGAAGGUUCUGUCAUCAGUUGUCCCUGAAACCUCAACUACUGAUGUUGCUGAGGCUCCUGCAGCUGAUGAUGACGAUGACAGCGAUGUUGACCUUUUUGGAGAGGAAACCGAGGAGGAGAAAAAGGCAGCUGAAGAGCGCGCUGCCAAAGCAAAGGCUUCUACCAAGAAGAAAGAAUCUGGCAAGUCAUCAGUUUUGCUUGAUGUUAAGCCAUGGGACGAUGAGACCGACAUGGUCAAGCUGGAGGAAGCUGUCCGAAGCAUCAAGAUGGAGGGCCUUCUGUGGGGUGCUUCCAAGCUCAUGCCCGUUGGAUAUGGCAUCAAGAAGCUCCAGAUUAUGAUGACCAUCAUUGAUGACCUCGUCUCUGUCGACACUCUUAUUGAAGACCAUCUCUGCGUUGAACCAGCCAACGAGUACAUCCAGAGCUGUGACAUUGUUGCCUUCAACAAAAUCUGUAAGUUUCUUCUGCCCGUUUAAUUUCCUAGCCUAGCUGUGACGGUACUGGCUGUCCAUUCUUCUGGAAGUCAUACCACACCAUUACUGUUUGUGGCUAUUUCUGUCUCACCGGUACUGGCUUGUGCUCAGCUGGUCUAGAUGCUACUCCCUCCCUCUGAAAAAGCUUGUCCCUCAAAUCGAUGUAUCUAGCACCAAAUUAGUGGUAGAUACAUCCAUUUGAAGAACAAGCUUGGGACAAGCUUUUCCGGACAGAGGGAGUAUGUUACGACGUCCAAUCCUGGUCUCCAUUUCAUCUACCCAAUCCACGUCUAGUUCUGUCUUGGACCUUUUGAUUAAGAAGACUCAGCCCUAACUUUGGUAAACCUGUUUUACUGCAGAAAUCUUCCUGAGGCAGGUGAUGGCGGUGGGCG